GCCGAGUACAAAAUGUUGAGAAGCGCUGAUCUAGAUCGAGCUCAUUUAAAAAUAAAAGCACUUUUAUUGGUAAACCCGGAAGCAUAUACAAUUAGCGAACUGCCACUGAUAAUCUUCACAAUGCCAAGAACAUCACAGGCGUCAAAACAAAUAAAUGCAAGUCAAAGAAGUGUCACAGAUACUACACAGUUAUUAUCACUAUCUCAGAGUCAAGCCAGCUCUAAACAAUUGGAUGCUGCAGAAUUGGAGAAAAAGGUGAAUGAAGUAGUCCAAUAUUUGCUUAUUUUAGAUCAAAAGAAAGUACCAAUUAAAAAACGAGAUAUCAUAAGAGUACUGAUGAAAGACUGCAGUAAAUCCUUCUCAGCUGUAAUAGAGCAAGCUAAAAUCAAACUUUCUAAGAUUUUUGGAUUCCAGCUUGUUGAACUAGAUGAAAAACUGAAAGGUACCUUUAUAUUGGUCAACAACAUAAACCACACUUGGGAAGACGACAGCUGUAUUGAAAGUUUACCAGAAGAGAAUGCUAAACAAGGGCUGAUCUCUGUCAUUCUUGGAAUAAUAUUUAUGAAUGGAAAUGUUAUUCGUGAAGAAGAUUUGUGGCAUGCUUUGAAGAAACUAGGAUUACAUCCUGAAGAAAAACAUGUGACAUUUGGAAAUGUGAAGAGUUUAAUCUUUGAAGAGUUUGUGAAGCAAGGUUUUCUAGAAGUGGUUCAGAGUAAUGAAGAACAACCUACAAAAUCUUUAUACUGGGGACAGAGAGCUCACCAUGAACUUAGUAAAGAAAAUGCUUUGAAACUAGUUUGUCAAAUUAAUGGAACCAAACCAGAGGACUGGUUGCAGCAACAACAGCAAAUCAAUAGAAGCACUGCAGGACAAAUGAACUCUGCUGAUGUAUCAGAACCUAGUGUUCCAGGCAGUAGCAAGCCUCGAAGGGGAUGACAGAUAUCGAGUGGUAUGACCUAGUCACAACUUCCUACUGAAACAGGAAAAUCAGAGGCAGAUUAAAGAAAUGGUAAAACGAUGAAUAAAUUGUGGAUCUCAAGUAAGAAUGUCACAACUAGAUGUAAACUGUCACCUUGUGCCUAAGAGGACUGUAAACAGAUAAAUGGGUCCAGGCAAAGUCAUGUUGAGGCUUUAGAAGAAACAGUAACAAAAAAAAGUUUUUUCUUUUAAAAAGACUAUUCCUCCUUUAUAAAGCUAAUAACAUUUUGUAAAAGAGAUUACUUUGCUCUUUAUAAUCAAUGAAUACUAGAUAUGAAAACAAAGGAGCAUAGAAUACUAUAGAAGAUUCUAGCUUGGUGAUGUGCCUUUAGAUUCAGACUUAGAAGACUUUGCAGCAAAAUUUAUUUAUUUAAUUCUUUGAUGAAUAUGUGCGAAUACCAGCUGGCGUGUUCAAGAUAAAGAUUGUCUAGUAGAGAACUCCGGACCAAAUUUAAUUAUUAGAUUAUUAUAUUUUUAAAAUUUAUAAUAGUUAAACCAAAGUUUUCACAGUGUGGCAAAUUAGCUAGUAAUUAUUUUCCCAAAGAUAUACAGAACUGUCAAAUUUGUAAGAACAUGUUAGUGUUACAUUAAGUGAACUCUAACAUUACUGUAAACUUUUACUAAUGCUGUUAUCAAUUUUUUUAUUAUAAUACCUGUAUUCUAGUCGCACUUUCGGAAUGGGUGGGCAAAACCUGGGUGAGUGUAAAUGGUUCUCGAACAAUCUUCCUAGAAAUUUUACACUUGAUGUAAAUGGGAAAUCUCUCGAUUGACAGUUAUAAUUUUUCAAAGUAUAAAAAAAAAAUUAAUUUAAAUUUGGCUACAGGAAUAGAAAAUAUUUAUCUUGAACAGACUGCAUGUAAAGAGUUUAACAAAUGAAUGUUCAAGAACAUUUUGUCUAGAUCUAAAACUUAUCCACAUCUCGUCCCUUGACUUUCAUAGUAGGAUAUUCUGACAGUUCACAUUACCAAAUGCCUCCAUUUUUUCUUGAUCAGCAUCUGUUUUUAGUAGGAUUUCAAGAGAGAGGCUUAUCAUUAGAUUAUUCAGUCUAGUAGUUUAUGAUUUUGCUUAAUCUGGAUUUUGUUCCUUGUGGGUGGGGGGAAGGAAAUGAGGGAAGUACAAAUUUUAAGUUUUUGUAAAUUCUAACAUUCAUUAGUUCUUAAGAGCAAAAUAAUUAAUAAUAAUAAAACUAUCAGUUGUAAAAAGGAGGUGUUGUUGUUUUUUUUUGAAAAUAUUUUCUUAUUUAAGUUAUAAAAUAAUAAGUCUUUAAUAAAAAAAAAUUAACAUUAAUAAUUGAUCUCUUACUUGUUCAGCAAGAAACUAUAGAAUGAAUUCUGAAAUCAAUCACAAAGAUUAAGUCUUCCCACUUACUUUGUGCCCCUCGUCAGAUAGUAAAUUGUUUAGUUUACAACUUCAUUUUAACACUACCAUUUCAAUGGCCCAAAAAAAAAACUCAAAA